AUGACGUUUACUCGACUAGUCGCCCUGCUUAAAUUAGAAUCUUCUUCGCAACAAUCACCGAAUAAGAACUUACUGGGUAUUGGUAAAAAAAAAGGUAUUACACUGAUCUCUACAAUAAUGAUUAUAGCCAUC